CCAAAAAUAAAUCUAAUCAAUAUUUUUUAUUAAAAAAAAGAAUGUAAUGAAUGCAAAGUAGUACAGAAUUUUUCUAAAGGAUAAAAGAAGACUUUAAAAAAGUCCCCUGCAUGGUUUCAACCAUUUUGCUUGAUUAUCUGACAUGUCAAAAAUCUAAACAUAAAUGGAAAAACUUUAUUAUCUGCAAAUAAUUUAACCAAAACUACAAUAAAAAAAACAAUUAUUCAGUGUGUUGGCAUUUUCUUUGAAGUCAAAGAGCCACAAUGGAGGGAUAAGCAUGUGCACACAUGUGGCUCAAGAGCCUCAGGCUGUAGUCCCCUGACAAAACUCACAAGGAUUCCAUCAAAAAACUGUUUAUUUCAUGGCUUUGAUCAAAUCUAAAUAAGUACUAUAAGGAGUUAGAAUUACUGAAGUAACGUUUUGUGAAAACUCUACUCCUAAAAGUCGUCUAAGACUUUGAAGGUGUAAACAUAUUUCUCACCAGCAGAGGGCGCCUCCUUACAGCCGCAGCCCUGAUUAACUAAGCAAAAUCUAAAAACUGGAGGCAUAAAUGAUGACAUAACUCCCGUUAAAGGAUUUGACUCAAGUUUCUAGCAGACAGGUGAGCAAAGAAGUAGGAGAGAAACUGGAGACAGCAGCUGUCGUUCUUCACUUCCGCACCAUGUGAGUCCCUGGCGCAGCAGACGCUCAUUUCUCACUGCGGCGCAUCACCGCAUCCUGCGGGACGGAGCGGGGCUUCAGUCCGCUGCUGCAUCCACAGAGUUCCGGUGUUGUGCUCCGCGGUCAUGAGCGCGGACGUGGCGGCGUCCCUGUCGGUGCUGGCGCUGGUCGUGGUUGUGAGUGACGUGACCCGCAGGCUGCUGAUCGGGGCCCGCGCGGACACCGGGCUCGCGGCUUACUUGGGGGAGCUGGUCUCCACCUUCCAGCUGUGCUGCUGCACGCACGAGCUCAAGCUGCUGUCCGACGCUGGAGGAAUCGAACCUCAGCUCGCGCUCACACUCACCUACCUGGCGGCCGUGGUCCACGGACUCACCUUCAGGGGCGCCAUCGGGAACCCGUCAGGUGUGCUCGUGCACGCGUACCACGCUAGGUUCCCCGCCGGAUGCGCGCUGCGGCGGAUUGCGUGCCAGUUCGGCGCGGCAGCGGCCGCGCGCGGCGCGGUGCGGCUCGUUUGGGGAAUCGGGCUGUCGGAGCUGCACGUGCGCCACCGGCUGCUGGGCUUCCACUGCAGCAGCCCCGUCCGCGCGCCCCUCACCAAGGCCGCCGGGGUGGAGCUGGUCUGCGCCUUCGCGGUCCAGACGGUCAUCACCUGCACCCAGAGGCUGGAGGAGAAGUUCCGCGUGCACGCGGUGGCAGCAGCCAUCACUACAAUGGUUUAUGCAGGUGGCAGUGUAACUGGAGCAGUGCUGAACCCAGCAGUGGCCUUCUCCACGCAGUUCCUCUGCACUGGACCCUCCUUCCUGGAGAACUGCUUCAUAUACUGGCUAAGCCCGGUUCUGGGGAUGCUGAGCUCGGUGCUGCUGUCUGACAAAGUCUCAGCGGUUUUGUGGACGACGUCCUCGUCGCCACGUCUCCCUCUGAGCUCCAAGAAGGCGGCGUGAGCCCAGGAGAGCGCCGCCACCACCCACAGACAGUAGAUGUGACUGCUGAGAGGAGAGGAUGAGCACCGACACGCACUUUGUUUUGAAAACAGGACGGAUUUUACGUGCAGAAUUUCAUAAUAAAAGCACAAAUUUAAUAUUUCACUCAGAAAUGUCACAAAAACCUCACUUGUUCAGAGUUAUACUAUUGUAAAAUUGUACAUUAUUUUCAGCUUCAUCUGUUCUGCAUAAGUACAAAAAAAGUCAGAUUAUGCUUCCAUUAAAACCAUGAAUGUAAUAAUUAUUGCAUAAAUAUUUAUCACACAAAUAGUUCUGUUGUAAGUAAACCUUUUAGCAUAUUAAAGUCAAAAAGCCACCACCUACAUUUAGCACGGAUGAAAACUGAU